UCGUGUCGCAGAUGUCGCUACAUUUCAUCGGAGUGACAGAUUUUCUAACCUAAACACAGUCGCGAAUUUUAACAAUAAAUAUCUCGCAUCUCGGAGUGCCGCACGACUUUUAUUUUAAUUGCCAGAUUCUUUCGUUUCAUACGAAAACACAUCGAUAAUUUGAUCGAUUUUUUUUAGGUGAUGUGUGCUAAACUAAAUAAUUACCUUUUUGUCUCGUAUAAGACACGCGUCGUCAGCUUGCCGGAAACCGGGAAACGGGUUUUCGUAGCGUAGAGACGGCGUCGACGGCGAUGUAGGAAGGCGUCAUAUAACCUCGUGGAGAGGUUGAACCAAAAACACCCUCUAUGCAUAAUUGGAAUAAAUAACAGAAUUAGAGAAAGAUUUAUAGAGAAUCUUUAUUAUUAAAAUAGAGAAAUAAAAGAAAUUUUCUAGAAGGAAAGUUAUAUUUUAAGAAAGAGAGAGAAUUUCAGCAAAAUGUCGCUUGAAAUAGAGACGAGCUUGCUGGUGAUCAUUCUGGAUGUCAAUCCGAUGCAGCGUAUAGUGAAGCAAGAGACAAAGGUACUGUCGCAAUGCUUGGACUCCACGGUUGUCUUUGCCAACGCUCACCUCAUGCAGUCGUCCAGUAAUGAACUGGCGAUAAUGGCGUGCCACGGCCACAACGCUAAUUUCCUCUAUCCCUGUGAGAACGCAGCGGAGAUAAGGCAGAUGGACGGGCAGUACGAGAAGUUCACUAUGGUGGAGCGCACGGUGCGUCAGCAGUUGCAGCAGGUCAUCAAUGAGAUCCCCAUGGACGUUCCGCUGCACACGGAGAGUCUCAUCUCCGGCGCGCUCAGCAUGGCGUUGUGCUACAUCGCCCGGCUGGAGCGAGAGAAGAUCGCCGGCCAGAAGCUGCAUCCCAGAAUACUGGUGAUCACUGCCAGCAACGACUCGGCCACGCAGUACAUGAACUACAUGAACAUAUUCUUCACCGCGCAGAGAAUGAAUGUCAUUUUGGAUGUAUGCAGCCUGGAUCAGGAGCUGACACUCUUGCAGCAGGGCUGCGACAUCACCGGCGGCAAUUACCUGAAGGUGCCGCAGCUUGCUGGAUUGCUGCAGUAUUUAUUGUGGGUUUUCCUGCCGGAUCCCAAUGUUAGAUCGAAACUGGUUCUCCCUCCGCCAGUGAAGGUGGAUUACAGGGCAGCCUGCUUUUGCCAUCAGGAACUUAUCGAUAUUGGAUACGUUUGUUCCAUAUGUUUAUCAAUCUUCUGCAAGUUCAGUCCAAUAUGCACCACUUGUCACACGGUAUUCAAAAUGCCAGGACCCAUGCCAAUGAAGAUGAAGAAGAAGAAGAAGAACGUGGAUAUCGUCCAUUAACCCUUGUAUUAUAUUUCACUCAUAGCAGUUACAUUAGAGCCGAUUCGCCAGAUAAAAAGAAAUAGCCGUAAUUUGCGUAAAUACAUCGCGUGUGUGAAUCGCAAACCCAAUCGUGUGACCCAAUUGUU